GCUUGUGCGCCGCAACAAAACACAAGCCCCGCGCGCGCGCGGUGGCGACACGCGCGCACGCGGCUUACCGCUUCCUCCUCCUCCUCCCCGCGGGCCACGGCAGCGCACGCCCACGCAGACGCGCACCCGGAUUGCGGCGCUGUGCGCUCGCGAAUCCGCGAGCAAUCGCAACAGCGAACACCCACCGCAACGCGGCCCACCACCUCCACCCUUCCCCCUCUCGUAUCGUCGUCGUCGUCGUCUCGCUCUUGUGGGGGCAGGUCGCGAGGGGAUAGGCAGAUAGGCACAGGUAGACAGGACAAGCAUCAGAAUUAGUCACGCACGCACCCCGGAACGAGAGAACCCAGGCCAGGAGAGAGGUGAGGCAGAGAGAGAGAGAGAGAACAGAGAAGGGGGCGGAGGAAACCCUUUUCUUCGCCCUCGCCGCCGCCUUCUCCUUUCCCGGUCGCGUCUUCUUGGGGGUUCUCCCGUACCCUCUUGAAUCCGCCGGCGAGUUCUUGCGUCCGGGCGUGGCAAUCCACACAUAUCUUUUGUUUUUUUUUUCUCUCUCAACCCUGUUCCUGAACCCGUGUAACUGAAGAAACAAGAACCCAAUCAAUCGAAUCGAAUUUGAAAGGAACGUAAAUUUAAUCUGCUACUAGGGGAGGGAGAAGUGCGUGCGUUCGUCCGGGCGGGCGGUCUUGGCAAGGCGGGCCGGCCGGCCGGCCGAUUGAUCGGCGAUGGCGCCGCCGUCGAGGGACUACUGGCUCGGCUUCUUCCGCGGCGCGGGGGACAACAUCUUCGACGCCAUCGACGCGGCCAUCACCGUUGCCGCGUCCGACCACCCGGCCGCCCUCCGGGAGCGCCGCGACGGCAUCGCCGAACGCCUCUUCACCGCGCUCCUGGUCACCGGCGCCGCGGCGGCGGGGGCGGCGGGUGCGGCAGCGGCGGCGGGGGCGGGCCAGGGAGGAGCCGCGGGGGGAACCCCCGUGGCUGGGGCGCCCACGCCGGCGCAGCUCCACCCCGAGGGCGCCGCCAGCGUGCCCAGUCUCUGCAGCUCCGACCGCGCCGAGGCCAUCACCGACGACGGCGCGCCGCGCUGCGACGAUCCUGUCCUCGCCGAGACGGAGCGCAUCAAGGCCGUCCUCCUCAACGACCAAGAAAAGUCGGAGUCCGAGUUGCUGGAGCUACUCCGGCGGCUGCAGGAGCUGGACCUCGCGUUUGACACCUUGGAUGUCACUGCGAUUGGCAAAGCAGUUGCCAACUUCCGGAAGCACAGCUCCAAGCAGAUUCGGAAUCUCGUGAGAUCGCUCAUCGAAGACUGGAAACACACAGUUGACGUGUGGAUUGCUCGCCGCAGAGAGGCUGUUGUAGAUCAAACACCUCAGUCCAUGGGUCCUUCCAGCUUGGAGCAGGAGGAUCGAGGGGCGGCAUCCACCCACAUGGAUGAAGGUGACCUCUUUGCAACUCCAAGCACUACAAUUCGGCUGUCCGAGGAAAACCCAGGUUCCAAGUUCUCUGAUGGAAUGGAUGGUGAUGGAAGCGUCAUGAACAAUGCCAGUAGGGAUUUUGGCCAGCGGUAUCCAAUGAACCAAGAACAAGUUAGAAGGCCUCCACCAAUGGGCCAGCGCUAUGAUCCAGAGCCAUACUGGAGGCAAGAACAAUCUGCCCCGAGGCAGUCUCGGCCACAGGAACUGAGCAACGGGCAGACAAAAGAGCAGUUUGUUGCGGAGAUGCUUGCUAGACCCUCAAAUGUCGAGUCAGGACCUGGGAGACCGCAAGCGAGGCCUAGGCAGCAUCAGGACGCCUCACCAGCUCAGGGGAGGUCGCAGUCGGCUGUGUCUGAGAAACCUGCGGCUCAACUUGAUGCAAAUUCUGUCCGAGCAAAGCUAGAACUCGCAAAGAAUGCAAAGCUAGAGGCGACCAAGAGAAAGCUUCAGGAAGGCUACCAAGAAUUUGAUAACGCAAAGAAGCAGAGAAACAUACAAAUGGUGGAUCCACAAAAUCUGCCCAAGCAAGGGAACAACAACCGGAAUUUCCAGCCUAGUGGCAAGCCAAGGAAUAACAGCAACGUCAAUACUAGCAACAGGAAUUGGUCGAGAUGAGGCACCAAUUCCAAUUCCUUUGAGCACCAGGGAUCAUAGAUUGUAACCUUCAAAUCCCUUUCAAAAACUUGAUUCUUCUCUCUUUUUUUCUCUCUUUUUGUCGGCUACUAAAAUUUUUAUAGUCCAGGCCAGUACAUAAACAGCAAUAAGGCGUAAGGCUUGUUUCGGAAUUGCUCACAGUGCCCCCUGGGUGGCACUGAGUGAGGUGCAUGCAUGUCCUCACAAUGGCUGGUCCUGCUAGUGGUUGUCAAUCAAACUUGUAAAGAUACAAUGCUGAGUCGAAUACCAAUUCUGAUCUUGAGCUGCUUUCGAAAGAUGAAUGAAUGCGUGGUUUUGCCUCG